AUGGGGAUCUACCAGCCAGAGGAGAGGACAGAGGUCAGAUCAGAAGACACAAGGUUUUUCUUUGUGUCUUCCACAUGUCAGAUUUAUGUGUUCAACUUCGAGCUGCCUAAGCAGACGCAACUGAGCUGGAGCUCGGAACGUGUGACGUCACACGACGCCGCCCCCGCCCCCACCCCCACCCCGACGCCACCCCCACCCCCGACGCCACCCCCACUCCCUGACGCCACCCCACCUCUCCUCCCGACGCCACCCGCAUCGUCACCCCCACCCCCGUCGCUAACCCCUACCACCAUCGGGCAGGUUCAAGGUCAUCCUUUGUUGUCUGGAACCACCCUUCGCAUCGUGGGAGGUCUCCAAGCCAACCCUCCCUACACCAUCACUCACUGUCUCCAAGCCAACCCUUGCUCCUCCCGCUCACUCACGAUCCUCCCGCUUACUCAUGCUACCCCCACCCGCCCCAACACCCCCCCCCCCCACACUCACACCUCGACACCCCCACCGCCCAACGCCUCACCACUAUGCCCCCACCCCAUUCUCCCGCCUUCGCGAAGGUUCAGGGUCAUCCUUUGUUGUCUGGAACCUGCCUACGCAUCGAGGGAGGUCUCCAAGCCAACCCUCACUACACACCAUCACUCACUGCCUUAG